AUGCAGCGCUUCACAAGUCCACUCCUCUGCCACAUAAUUCGCAGGGGCUGCUUUGAUGCUGCUUCAAAGAGGCAGUGCCUGCAGUAUUUAAGAGUUCUGAGGACGCUGCAGCAUAAUGGUUUCAACCCUGUGUUUUUAGGGGAAACAGACAUCCCAGAAAGUCUUAUAACAGGAGAAAAAACAGCUGAGAAGACCAGCUUGCACUGGCCAGUAUGGACACUUGUUCAUGCUGCCAGCCACCAAGGGUGGGUACCCUGGAGGUACAAACUACUAUUAAGAGUCGAUCUGCCCACCCACCAGCAGAAUGGCAUCUUUCAGGAGCUGUGUGAAUCUCUGACCACGUGCUAUGGGAAGUGUGUCAUUGUGACAAGGGAUAAAACGCAGCCGAUGCUCGCUGGGGCCAAAGAGGGCAAGGAGCCACAGACGGGAACUCUGCCACCAGUCACACCAGCGAUCUGCAUGUCCAGCAUUGAGUGUUGCCAUGAAGCUGCUAGAGCAAAUGGCCAUGAGCUUCUCGUUGUGCCUUCACGUUACAGCUACCUCUACCCUAUGGAUGUCGCCUGGUCUUCUUUGAAAUGGUUUAUUAUAAACAACAGGGAGGACUUUGCCCUCAGAUCUUUAGAGAGCACCUACUCCUAUAGGUGUAUCCUCUUCAGUGACUUGAUUGUUAAAGGAAUAGAGAAGAUGACCCCAAAUAAAUGGAAGGUAGUGUUCAACAGAGUGAAGAAAUGGGAGAACUACUACCUUGACACCCUUUCUUAA